AUGCACGCCGCCUGCCUCCAAAACGCUCACGUUCGCCUCCCUAGGAUUGACGCGGAUGGUUCGGGAGCCAUCAACAAGGAGGAGUUCGUCCGGCCACUCACGCGGUGGAUCCACGAGUCCAAGACGGCGCCACGCUUUGUGAAGUACAACGUGGAUCGCAGCUUGCAGGCUCAGGAGGAGAUCCUGAAGCAAAACCACGAGCAGUUCUGCCUUUUGGCGCAUCGACUUGAUGAGCUUUGUGCAGAGCUAUUGCCCAAAACCAGUCCACUUGCAUCGAUGGAAUGGCAGUCUUCGAUGCUGCUGGCAAGCAUUGAGGAGCCAUCUUCUUCGGAGCAGGAGGGCAUGGAAGAGCCAUUCACGAAGGGUUACCAGAUCCCUUGCCUUGAGAUUGGCAUCGAGCAGCCAAAGGAGUCCAGCUGUGCAUUGAAGGAGUCCAAGGGGGAAGAAAUCCAUGAGCAAGUCUCAGGUAGAGCACAGCACUGUCACUGGAGGGCAGACAAAACCUGCAGAGACUCAAGAUCAACCGUUCAGGUUGAAAAAGAACAGUGUUGA